ACCAAUAGCAGCGUUCGUUACUCUGAUGUCUUUCUGUAAGUACUGCGCAUGCGUGAACGCCGGCAGCGUUUUGUAGCAAACCGAGAGCUCACGCGUGAAAGGCCAUGGAUUCUCAGAAAGACAUUCAGCCUCCUAAACAGCAGCCUAUGAUCUAUAUUUGUGGAGAGUGUCACACAGAAAAUGAGAUCAAGGCCCGAGAUCCCAUCAGAUGCAGAGAGUGCGGUUACAGAAUCAUGUACAAGAAGAGGACCAAAAGAUUGGUUGUUUUUGAUGCCCGAUGAGAUGAAUCUGCCGUUUUCCUGUUAGAAUUAGCUUUUUUUUU